AUGGCGCUGUAUGAAGGUAUUGCUCUCAUACAGGAAAAACAAGCUGUCGUUUUGGAUCUUGGGACCGACUACACAAAAUUUGGUUUUACGGGUGAAGCGGCCCCUCGUUGUAUCAUACGUUCAGAAUACUGGUGCCCUUCCACAAGAAAAUAUAAAAGUGUAUAUGACUACAGCACACCAGAAGAACUUUAUGACAAUCUUGUUCAUAUGCUGCAUUUAUUAUACUUUAGGCAUAUUUUAGUCAACCCAAAGGAACGUAAAGUGGUAGUCGUGGAGUCGUUGCUAACACCAACACUAUUUCGCGAGACACUUGCUAAGGUGCUCUUUAUACAUUAUGAGGUGUCGGGCGUGAUGUGGGUGGACAGUGGGCGCGCGAGCGCAAUGACGCUGGGCGCGCCCAUCGUGCUCGUCGUGUCGCUGGGCGCGCGCGAUGCAGAGAUCACUGCAGUGAUUCAUGGCUGUCCGGUGAUUCAAGCAAUACAAUCACAGCCUCUCGGAGCUCGCGCUAUACACGACGAGCUCGCACGGAUACUUGAUGAAGAUAAUGGUACAGAGUUGCAUCUCAGUGAAGAUGUGCUGGAGGACAUUAAAGUGCGCGCGUGCUUCGUGCCGUCGCGCGAGAAGGCAUUGGAGUGGGCGGAGCGCGGCGUAGCGAGCGACGUGCGGGAGGUGCGCGGGGUGGGCGAGGGGCGCGCGGACGGUGGCGCGCGCGUGCCGGUGUCGCGCCGUGCACGCGCACUCGCCGCCGAGCCGCUAUUCGCGCGUGACAAUGAACUCGCCUCGCUACCCGACAUCGUGCUGCAGUGCAUCCUACAGUGUCCCAUCGACGCGCGGCGAGCGCUCGCGGAAAACGUGCUGGUGGCGGGCGGCGGCGCCGCGUUGCCCGGCCUGCGCGCGCGCCUCGCGCAAGAGCUGCGCCGCCUCGCGCAGCUGCCGCCCUAUAGGUACCAUGUACCGUGUGUUGUUUGUAUAGAGAACGUGCUGCUGGCGGGCUGCCCGGCCUGCGCACGAGCUGUGCCGCCUCGCGCAGCUGCCGCCCUACAGGUACAAUGUGUUUGUAUAGAGAACGUGCUGCUGGCGGGCUGCCCGGCCUGCGCACGAGCUGCUCCGCGUCGCGCAGCUGCCGCCCUACCGGUACCGUGUGUUGUUUGUAUAGAUAACGUGCUGCUGGCGGGCUGCCCGGCCUGCGCACGAGCUGCGCCGCCUCGCGCAGCUGCCGCCCUACAGGUACCAUGUGUUUGUAUAGAUAACGUGCUGCUGGCGGGCUGCCUGGCCUGCGCACGAGCUGCGCCGCCUCGCGCAGCUGCCGCCCUACAGGUACCAUGUGUUUGUAUAGAGAACGUGCUGCUGGCGGGCUGCCCGGCCUGCGCACGAGCUGCGCCGCCUUGCGCAGCUGCCGCACUACAGGUACCGUGUGUUGUUUGUAUAGAGAACGUGCUGCUGGCGGGCUGCCCGGCCUGCGCACGAGCUGUGCCGCCUUGCGCAGCUGCCGCCCUACCGGUACCGUGUGUUGGUUGUAUAGAGAACGUGCUGCUGGCGGGCGGCCCGGCCUGCGCACGAGCUGCGCCGCCUCGCGCAGCUGCCGCCCUACAGGUACCAUGUGUUUGUAUAGAGAACGUGCUGCUGGCGGGCUGCCCGGCCUGCGCACGAGCUGCGCCGCCUCGCGCAGCUGCCGCCCUACAGGUACCAUGUGUUUGUAUAGAUAACGUGCUGCUGGCGGGCUGCCCGGCCUGCGCACGAGCUGCGCCGCCUCGCGCAGCUGCCGCCCUACAGGUACCAUGUGUUUGUAUAGAGAACGUGCUGCUGGCGGUCUGCCUGGCCUGCGCACGAGCAGCGCCGCCUCGCGCAGCUGCCGCCCUACCAGUACCGUGUGUUGUUUGUAUAGAGAACGUGCUACUGGCGGGCUUCCUGGCCUGCGCACGAGCUGCGCCGCCUUACGCAGCUGCCGCCCUACAGGUACCAUGUGUUUGUAUAGAGAACGUGUUGCUGGCGGGCUGCCCGGCCUGCGCACGAGCUGCGCCACCUUACGCAGCUGCCGCCCUACAGGUAACAUGUGUUGUUUGUAUAGAGAACGUGCUGCUGGCGGGCUGCCCGGCCUGCGCACGAGCUGCGCCGCCUCGCGCAGCUACCGCCCUACCGGUACCAUGUUAUUGUAUAGAGAACGUGCUGCUGGCGGGCUGCCCGGCCUGCGCACGAGCUGCGCCGCCUCGCGCAGCUGCCGCCCUACAGGUACCGUGUGUUGUUUGUAUAGAGAACGUUCUGCUAGCGGGCUGCCCGGCCUGCGCACGAGCUGCGCCGCCUUACGCAGCUGCCGCCCUACAGGUACCGUGUGUUGUUUGUAUAGAGAACGUGCUGCUGGCGGGCUGCCCGGCCUGCGCACGAGCUGCGCCGCCUCGCGCUGCUGCCGCCCUACAGAUACCAUGUGUUUGUAUAGAUAACGUGCUGCUGGCGGGCUGCCUGGCCUGCGCACGAGCUGCGCCGCCUUACGCAGCUGCCGCCCUACAGGUACCAUGUGUUUGUAUAGAUAACGUGCUGCUGGCGGGCUGCCUGGCCUGCGCACGAGUUGCACCGCCUCGCGCAGCUGCCGCCCUACAGGUACCAUGUGUUGUUUGUAUAAAGAACGUGCUGCUGGCGGGCGGCCCGGCCUGCGCACGAGCUGCGCCGCCUCGCGCAGCUGCCGCCCUACAGGUACCAUGUGUUUGUAUAGAGAACGUGCUGCUGGCGGGCUGCCCGGCCUGCGCACGAGCUGCGCCGCCUUAUGCAGCUGCCGCCCUACAGGUACCAUGUGUUUGUAUAGAGAACGUGCUGCUGGCGGGCUGCCCGGCUUGCGCACGAGCUGCGCCGCCUUAUGCAGCUGCCGCCCUACAGGUACCAUGUGUUUGUAUAGAUAACGUGCUGCUGGCGGGCUGCCUGGCCUGCGCACGAGCUGCGCCGCCUCGCGCAGCUGCCGCCUUACAGGUACCAUGUGUUGUUUGUAUAGAGAACGUGCUGCUGGCGGGCUGCCCGGCCUGCGCACGAGCUGCGCCGCCUCGCGCAGCUACCGCCCUACCGGUACCAUGUGUUUGUAUGGAUAACGUGCUGCUGGCGGGCUGCCUGGCUUGCGCACGAGCUGCGCCGCCUCGCGCAGCUGCCGCCCUACCGGUACCGUGUGUUGGUUGUAUAGAGAACGUGCUACUGGCGGGCUGCCCGGCCUGCGCACGAGCUGCCCCGCCUCGCGCAGCUGCCGCCCUACAGGUACCAUGUGUUGUUUGUAUAGAGAACGUGCUGCUGGCGGGCUGCCCGCCCUGCGCACGAGCUGCGCCGCCUCGCGCAGCUGCCGCCCUACCGGUACCAUGUGUUUGUAUAGAUAACGUGCUGCUGGCGGGCUGCCUGGCCUGCGCACGAGCUGCGCCGCCUCGCGCAGCUGCCGCCCUACCGGUACCGUGUGUUGUUUCUAUAGAGAACGUGCUGCUGGCGGGCUGCCCGGCCUGCGCACGAGCUGCGCCGCCUCGCGCAGCUGCCGCCCUACAGGUACCAUGUGUUUGUAUAGAUAACGUGCUGCUGGCGGGCUGCCUGGCCUGCGCACGAGCUGCGCCGCCUCGCGCAGCUGCCGCCCUACAGGUACCAUGUGUUUGUAUAGAGAACGUGCUGCUGGCGGGCUGCCCGGCCUGCGCACGAGCUGCGCCGCCUUGCGCAGCUGCCGCACUACAGGUACCGUGUGUUGUUUGUAUAGAGAACGUGCUGCUGGCGGGCUGCCCGGCCUGCGCACGAGCUGUGCCGCCUUGCGCAGCUGCCGCCCUACCGGUACCGUGUGUUGUUUGUAUAGAGAACGUGCUGCUGGCGGGCUGCCCGGCCUGCGCACGAGCUGCGCCGCCUCGCGCAGCUGCCGCCCUACCGGUACCAUGUGUUGGUAUAGAGAACGUGCUGCUGGCGGGCUGCCCGGCCUGCGCACGAGCUGCGCCGCCUCGCGCAGCUGCCGCCCUACAGGUACCAUGUGUUUGUAUAGAUAACGUGCUGCUGGCGGGCUGCCCGGCCUGCGCACGAGCUGCGCCGCCUCGCGCAGCUGCCGCCCUACAGGUACCAUGUGUUUGUAUAGAGAACGUGCUGCUGGCGGUCUGCCUGGCCUGCGCACGAGCAGCGCCGCCUCGCGCAGCUGCCGCCCUACCAGUACCGUGUGUUGUUUGUAUAGAGAACGUGCUACUGGCGGGCUUCCUGGCCUGCGCACGAGCUGCGCCGCCUUACGCAGCUGCCGCCCUACAGGUACCAUGUGUUUGUAUAGAGAACGUGUUGCUGGCGGGCUGCCCGGCCUGCGCACGAGCUGCGCCACCUUACGCAGCUGCCGCCCUACAGGUAACAUGUGUUGUUUGUAUAGAGAACGUGCUGCUGGCGGGCUGCCCGGCCUGCGCACGAGCUGCGCCGCCUCGCGCAGCUACCGCCCUACCGGUACCAUGUUAUUGUAUAGAGAACGUGCUGCUGGCGGGCUGCCCGGCCUGCGCACGAGCUGCGCCGCCUCGCGCAGCUGCCGCCCUACAGGUACCGUGUGUUGUUUGUAUAGAGAACGUUCUGCUAGCGGGCUGCCCGGCCUGCGCACGAGCUGCGCCGCCUCGCGCAGCUGCCGCCCUACAGGUACCAUGUGUUUGUAUAGAUAACGUGCUGCUGGCGGGCUGCCCGGCCUGCGCACGAGCUGCGCCGCCUCGCGCAGCUGCCGCCCUACAGGUACCAUGUGUUUGUAUAGAGAACGUGCUGCUGGCGGUCUGCCUGGCCUGCGCACGAGCAGCGCCGCCUCGCGCAGCUGCCGCCCUACCAGUACCGUGUGUUGUUUGUAUAGAGAACGUGCUACUGGCGGGCUUCCUGGCCUGCGCACGAGCUGCGCCGCCUUACGCAGCUGCCGCCCUACAGGUACCAUGUGUUUGUAUAGAGAACGUGUUGCUGGCGGGCUGCCCGGCCUGCGCACGAGCUGCGCCACCUUACGCAGCUGCCGCCCUACAGGUAACAUGUGUUGUUUGUAUAGAGAACGUGCUGCUGGCGGGCUGCCCGGCCUGCGCACGAGCUGCGCCGCCUCGCGCAGCUACCGCCCUACCGGUACCAUGUUAUUGUAUAGAGAACGUGCUGCUGGCGGGCUGCCCGGCCUGCGCACGAGCUCCGCCGCCUCGCGCAGCUGCCGCCCUACAGGUACCGUGUGUUGUUUGUAUAGAGAACGUGCUGCUGGGGGGCUGCCCGGCCUGCGCACGAGCUGCGCCGCCUCGCGCUGCUGCCGCCCUACAGAUACCAUGUGUUUGUAUAGAUAACGUGCUGCUGGCGGGCUGCCUGGCCUGCGCACGAGCUGCGCCGCCUUACGCAGCUGCCGCCCUACAGGUACCAUGUGUUUGUAUAGAUAACGUGCUGCUGGCGGGCUGCCUGGCCUGCGCACGAGUUGCACCGCCUCGCGCAGCUGCCGCCCUACAGGUACCAUGUGUUGUUUGUAUAAAGAACGUGCUGCUGGCGGGCUGCCCGGCCUGCGCACGAGCUGCGCCGCCUCGCGCAGCUGCCGCCCUACAGGUACCAUGUGUUUGUAUAGAGAACGUGCUGCUGGCGGGCUGCCCGGCCUGCGCACGAGCUGCGCCGCCUUAUGCAGCUGCCGCCCUACAGGUACCAUGUGUUUGUAUAGAGAACGUGCUGCUUGGCGGGGCUGCCCGGCCUGCGCACGAGCUGCGCCGCCUUAUGCAGCUGCCGCCCUACAGGUACCAUAGAACGUGCUGCUGGCGGGCUGCCCGGCCUGCGCACGAGCUGCGCCGCCUCGCGCAGCUACCGCCCUACCGGUACCAUGUGUUUGUAUGGAUAACGUGCUGCUGGCGGGCUGCCUGGCUUGCGCACGAGCUGCGCCGCCCCUGCGCAGCUGCCGCCCUACCGGUACCGUGUGUUGUUUGUAUAGAGAACGUGCUACUGGCGGGCUGCCCGGCCUGCGCACGAGCUGCCCCGCCUCGCGCAGCUGCCGCCCUACAGGUACCAUGUGUUGUUUGUAUAGAGAACGUGCUGCUGGCGGGCUGCCCGCCCUGCGCACGAGCUGCGCCGCCUCGCGCAGCUGCCGCCCUACAGGUACCAUGUGUUUGUAUAGAUAACGUGCUGCUGGCGGGCUGCCUGGCCUGCGCACGAGCUGCGCCGCCUCGCGCAGCUGCCGCCCUACAGGUACCGUGUGUUGUCUAUAGAGAACGUGCUGCUGGCGGGCUGCCCGGCCUGCGCACGAGCUGCGCCGCCUCGCGCAGCUGCCGCCCUACCGGUACCGUGUGUUGUUUGUAUAGAGAACGUGCUGCUGGCGGGCUGCCUGGCCCGCGCACGAGCUGCGCCGCCUCUCGCAGCUGCCGCCUUACAGGUACCAUGUGUUUGUAUAGAGAACGUGCUGCUGGCGGGCUGCCCGGCCUGCGCACGAGCUGCACCGCCUCGCGCAGCUGCCGCCCUACAGGUACCAUGUGUUGUUGUAUAGAGAACGUGCUGCUGGCGGGCUGCCCGGCCUGCGCACGAGCUGCGCCGCCUCGCGCAGCUACCGCCCUACCGGUACCAUGUGUUUGUAUGGAUAACGUGCUGCUGGCGGGCUGCCUGGCUUGCGCACGAGCUGCGCCGCCUCGCGCAGCUGCCGCCCUACCGGUACCGUGUGUUGUUUGUAUAGAGAACGUGCUACUGGCGGGCUGCCCGGCCUGCGCACGAGCUGCCCCGCCUCUCGCAGCUGCCGCCCUACAGGUACCAUGUGUUGUUUGUAUAGAGAACGUGCUGCUGGCGGGCUGCCCGCCCUGCGCACGAGCUGCGCCGCCUCGCGCAGCUGCCGCCCUACCGGUACCAUGUGUUUGUAUAGAUAACGUGCUGCUGGCGGGCUGCCUGGCCUGCGCACGAGCUGCGCCGCCUCGCGCAGCUGCCGCCCUACCGGUACCGUGUGUUGUUUCUAUAGAGAACGUGCUGCUGGCGGGCUGCCCGGCCUGCGCACGAGCUGCGCCGCCUCGCGCAGUUGCCGCCCUACCGGUACCGUGUGUUGUUUGUAUAGAGAACGUGCUGCUGUCGGGCUGCCUAGCCCGCGCACGAGCUGCGCCGCCUCUCGCAGCUGCCGCCUUACAGGUACCAUAUGUUUGUAUAGAGAACGUGCUGCUGGCGGGCUGCCCGGCCUGCGCACGAGCUGCACCGCCUCGCGCAGCUGCCGCCCUACCGGUACCAUGUGUUUGUAUAGAGAACGUGCUGCUGGCGGGCUACCCGGCCUGCGCACGAGCUGCGCCGCGUCGCGCAGCUGCCGCCCUACCGGUACCGUGUGUUGUUUGUAUAGAUAACGUGCUGCUGGUGGGCUGCCUGGCCUGCGCACGAGCUGCGCCGCCUCGCGCAGCUGCCGCCCCACCGGUACCGUGUGUUUGUAUAGAGAACGUGCUGCUGGCGGGAUGCCCGGCCUGCACACGAGCUGCGCCGCCUCGCGCAGCUGCCGCCCUACCGGUACCAUGUGUUUGUACAGAGAACGUGCUGCUGGCGGGCUGCCUGGCCCGCGCACGAGCUCCGCCGCCUCGCGCAGCUGCCGCCCUACCCGUAGCUCUAUUUGUUGUUUAUAUCGAUAGGGGGCAAACGAGCAUGCGGCUCGCCUGA